AUGAACGGGAGACAGAGAUCUGGCGUAGCGGCGGUUCACCACCAGAGACAGCUCUCCGACAACCUUCUCGACAUGUCCAAUGGCAGAUGGCUCCAAUCCACUGGUCUCCCUCACUUUCAGCCAUCCCCCAAUGAUUAUGGAUACUAUGCUGGUGGUGGUGGACAAGGAGCAAGAGGAUACCAGAAUGCUCAGAGAGGGAACGAGUUCUUUGGAGAACCAACAACUCCUCAAUACGGUUCUCGUCCAACGAGUCAAAGAAGGAACAAUGAUGAAUCUGAGUUUAGUCCUGGUCUCUUAGAUCUGCAUUCUUUUGAUACUGAGCUUCUUCCUGAGAUUCCAGUCUCUAACCAGUUAGAUGGACCGUCAAUGUUCAAUCCUAGUCAGAGCCAGAGCUUUGAUGACUUUGAGGCUUACAACAAGCAGCCUAACCGUAGCCGUGUUUUGGCUGAUAACUUGGCAGCUGAGAAGGAAAAGAUGAAUGCUGUUGCAAAGAUCAAAGUUGUUGUGCGUAAGAGGCCACUUAACAAAAAGGAGUCGGUAAAAAAUGAAGAAGAUAUUAUUGACACACAUUCCAAUUGCUUAACAGUUCACGAAACCAAAGUCAAGGUUGACUUGACAGCCUAUGUUGAAAAACAUGAGUUUGUGUUUGAUGCUGUGCUAGAUGAGGAAGUAUCAAAUGAUGAGGUUUAUCGUGAGACAGUGGAGCCUGUUGUGCCAUUAAUUUUCCAGCGCAUCAAAGCCACUUGCUUUGCAUAUGGGCAGACAGGUAGUGGUAAAACCUAUACCAUGAAGCCUUUGCCUCUUAAGGCUUCAAGGGAUAUCCUAAGGUUGAUGCACCACACAUACAGAAACCAAGGGUUUCAGUUGUUUGUCAGCUUCUUUGAAAUCUACGGUGGAAAGCUUUAUGAUCUCCUCAGUGAGAGGAAGAAGCUGUGCAUGAGAGAGGAUGGUAAGCAGCAAGUGUGCAUCGUUGGUUUGCAAGAGUACAGAGUAUCUGACACAGAUGCGAUUGUGGAGCUUAUCGAGAGAGGAAGUGCAACAAGAAGUACUGGAACUACUGGUGCAAAUGAAGAAUCCUCUCGCUCACAUGCUAUACUUCAGCUCGCUAUUAAAAAAACAGCUGAGGGGAAUCAGUCAAAGCCCCCUCGCCUCGUUGGAAAGCUUUCUUUCAUUGAUCUUGCUGGAAGUGAACGUGGUGCAGACACAACAGACAAUGACAAGCAGACGAGAUUGGAAGGAGCAGAGAUCAAUAAGAGCUUACUCGCCUUAAAAGAGUGUAUUAGAGCUCUGGAUAAUGAUCAAGGUCAUAUUCCUUUUAGAGGAAGUAAGUUGACUGAAGUUCUCAGGGACUCUUUCAUGGGGAAUUCUCGUACUGUAAUGAUAUCUUGCAUAUCUCCAAGCUCUGGAUCAUGUGAGCACACACUUAACACCUUAAGAUACGCUGACAGGGUCAAGAGUCUCUCGAAGGGAAACGGGUCUAAGAAAGAUGUGUCUUCUUCAACGUUAAACCUAAGGGAGUCCACAAAAGUUCCUUUAUCUACCGCACUUCCUACUCCAUCCAACUAUGAUGAUGACGUGAAUGAGACGUGGGGUGAAGAAAACGAUGACUUUGAUGCAUCGGAUUACGAGCAAGAGAAACAAAUGUGGAAGAAAAACGUGAAGCCAGAGGUAUCCUAUGCACAGGAGAGAAUCCAGAAGCCUACUAUUCCGGUGAAGUCAAGAGACAUGCCAACAAGGCCUGAUAUGAAGAAGUCUAACUCCGAUGACAAUCUUAAUGCGCUUCUGCAGGAAGAAGAAGACCUUGUGAAUGCUCACCGUAAACAAGUUGAGGACACCAUGAACAUAGUAAAAGAGGAGAUGAAUCUGCUGGUGGAAGCAGACCAACCAGGAAACCAGUUAGAUGGUUACAUUUCAAGACUGAACACAAUUCUAUCCCAGAAGGCUGCUGGUAUACUCCAACUACAGAACCGUCUUGCUCAUUUCCAGAAGCGCCUUAGGGAGCACAAUGUAUUGGCAUCUACCACCAAUGGGUACUGACCCCCUCCUCUUCGAGUAAAUACUGGUCCUCCUUUUAUCGACCUCGUCUCAGGUUUUGCACUUGGUGACCUCUUCUGGCUUUGACUUGAGUUCAUUCAGAAGUUUAUCUAUAUUUACAGCUUGCUGCCGCACUUGAAUUUGUUCAGGUUCUUGUUAUAGAUGAUUUGUUGCAGAAGAUGAAAUACCUAUGUAAUAAUUUUUGCUAUUGUGAUAUUGAUGAGCUUG